CUUACUAGAAGCACCAUGGACAUCAGCACUGCAAUUUUAAUAAUUGGCUUUGCAGCAGUGAUUGCAGCCUUCCUCCUUCUGGUAGUAGGUCUAGUGUACUCUGAGCUGAUGUAUUCAGACAUUCCUCAAGGGGUUGCAAAUCGAAGGAAACUACAUAUAGUUCACGGCUUGUUUGUUGGCAUAGCAAUUGUGGGCCGCAUCCUGGACCGCCUGGGUCUUUGUCAUCAGGUCAGGUUCACCAGGUGGUUCAGAAGAUGGUUCCUAGUCCAUAUCAGACCAGUUCCAGCUGGGCUACGUUUGAAGAACCUGAACUUUGCUGGGGUGCCAGUCAGAGUUUAUGAGCCAAUGACUGGUUCACUGGGUUUAACAAGGGGCCUGGUGUAUAUACAUGGAGGAGGAUGGGUGUUGGGGAGUUUGGAUUCUGUAGAUGAGUUCUGCCGGCAUGUUGCCAAGGAGUCUGAAACCACAGUGGUGUCUGUUGGAUACCGUCUGGCCCCAGAACAUCGGUACCCGAUUCAGCUAGAUGACUGUGACGCCGCAACAUGUCACUUCCUGUCUGUAGCAGAGGCAGAGUUUGGGGUGGACCCAAGCAGAGUAGCAGUUGGGGGAGAUAGUGUUGGCGCAAACUUGGCAGCUGCACUGUGCCAACGUCUGGCUAAGAGAAAGGAUGGACAUCUGCUGUCUCCAUGUGCCCAGGUCCUCAUCUACCCAGCUCUGCAGAUGGCAGAUUUCAACCUGCCUUCAUACCAGCAGAAUCAGGCUGUGCCCAUAUUGUUCCGUGGCCGGGUGGCAUUCUACUUCCUGCAGUAUCUCAACGGGGACACGUCAGUGUGCCAGGAUGUGCUAGAGGGAAACCACAUCCCUGCUGAGAUGAGGCUUGCUUUCAAGAAGUGGCUCUCCGUGGAGCACCUUCCUCCUGAGUGCAGCUUGCGGUCCUACAGCCAGCUUGUACACUCAGCCUUAGACUACAAUGGAGAAGUGUACCAUGUAAUCAAAGAUGGUCUGAAUCCAGAGGUCUCCCCACUCCUAGCGGAGGACGCUGUUGUUUGUCUGACCCCGCCAGCCUUUAUCCUAACCUGUGAGUAUGACGUGCUGAGGGAUGAUGGGAUCUUGUACAGGAAGAGGCUGCUGGACCUGGGAGUGGAGGUUACCUGGCAUCAUGUGCCAGACGGCUUUCAUGGACUCCUGGAUUUUUUCAAAAAGGGCUGGCUAACCUUCCCGAUUGCAACACAGCUUGUAGAUAGUGUUGUAAGCUAUGUAAAAACACUUUAAGAAACACUACAUUUAGCCAGUGGAUGUUCGAUGUGCAUCUGUGUGGAUUAAAAUGAUUAAAGGAUAGUUAUUUGAGGUUUGUUUUCUGGCAAGUGACUUUAUUUGGUUUACAGGCAAAGCUUAUAAACACCUACACAGAUUA